GUCUUUGAUGAUGAGGGGAAGGAUGUGACACCCCGUCCACUCUUCCAUCCAGAUCCAAACACUUCCCAGCAAGGCAAGACACAUGGAAGCAGCAGCAUUCCUGGAUCCAACGCUUGCGGAACGGAGUCCGUGCCAGAUGGAGCAGCAGAGCCUGGCUCUCAGCAAGACACAACUGUUGGCUUAUCUGGUGUGCAGGGGAGGUGUGAGGAGAUAACAGAAGAACUGACAAAAGAAGACCUAGAGAGAAGAGUGGAGAUCUACCUGACCGAGACAGAAACUCUCUGGAUGUUGCAGAUGGCACCUGCUGUGGUGUCCACAGAGUCAGCAGAGGCUGCAAGAGUGCUGGAGAGGAACAAGAUUUAUGUUGAAAUGUGCAAAACCAGACCUGGGAAUGAUCAGUAUGUAGAAAAAACAAUGCAAACCCUUAAAGGAGCUGCAAAGAACAAGGAGGUGCAGUGUGACAGAAUCAUCAUGGAAGACAGAGGGAUGACAGUCACCUCCUGGGACCUGUACGACUCGUUCCAUGUCUCGGGAGGAGAAUAUCCAUCAAAAGCAGAAGGCACCAGAGCCACUGCUGGAAUGCACAAGGAGGAGGGAUGCCAGUCAGAAGCUAUAUUAACAUCAGAAAACUUCCAGAGGGAUUUAUUUGUCAUGGAGAGAAUUCUAAUGGAGAAUAUCUUUCAACCCCAACUCGCAGCCUACCGGCAGCUGCCCGUCCUCACAGAGGAGGCUGAGGAAGAGGAGAAGGAAGAGGAAGCUGAGGAAGAGAAGGAACAGGAGGCUGAGGAAGAGGAGAAGGAAGAGGAGGGUGAGGAAGAGGAAGAGGAGGAGGAAGCCUUCAUUCACCCAUCAAUUCUGGCAUAUCUAAAUAUGGCACCAGAAGAAACUGUGCUCCCCAGCCUGGAGCAGCUGUGGUCGUAUCAGUGUGAUUUAACCGAGGGUCACAGCGUGAGCAGCAUGGCCUGGAGCAAAGCCAACCCCGAUCUUUUAGCUGUUGGUUAUGGAGCAUUUGGUUUUAAAGAGCAGAAGGAAGGCUUGGCUUGCUGCUGGUCACUGAAGAACCCCAUGUGGCCCGAGCGUGUUUUCCGGUGCAAACACGGAGUAACUGCUCUGGAUUUUUCCAUGGCCAACCCAAACCUCUUAGCAGUGGGAAUGUACAAUGGUUUUGUUGCCAUCUAUGAUGUACAGAGCUGCAAGGACACUGUCAUUUCAGACAGCAGUGACUCCUUGAACAAACACACAGGCCCCGUGUGGCAACUGAGGUGGGUGGCACAGGACAGAGGCACAGCAGGAGAUGGCAGAAAGGAGAGACUGAUCAGCAUCUCAGCAGAUGGCCGAGUAACCCAGUGGUUUGUACAGAAAAGACUGGACUGCACUGAUCUGAUGAAAAUCAAGAGGAUAGGAAGUGAGAAGAAGGAAUUACCAAGUGAGAAAGAAGGGAAAAGUGAAACCCGGAUAUCUCAUCAGGCAGCUGGAAUGUGCUUUGCCUUCCAUCCAAAGGAUACUGAUCUUUAUCUUGCUGGGACAGAAGAAGGUCACAUCCACAAAUGUUCUUGUUCUGGCAGGGAGCAGUUUCUAGAGACAUACAGAGGCCAUAAUGGCCCUGUGUACAAAGUCACUUGGCAUCCGUUCAGCACCGACAUGUUCCUGAGCUGCUCUGCAGACAGGAGCAUCUUCCUGUGGCACCAAGAGACACAAACACCCCUUUUAACUUUCACUUCCACCGGUGCUUUUGUUCUGGACAUCAUGUGGUCUCCAAAAUCAGCCUUCAUCUUUGCAGCAGCCAACGAGCGCAGAGUGGAAGUUUGGGAUCUCAGCAUCAGCGUCUUUAGCCCCCCCAUCUCUUGCUCUGCCAGCCCGAGGGGGAGAUUCACGUCUGUGCUCUUCGCCACCAACACCGACUGCCUGCUGGUGGGAGACAGCCAGGGAGGGGUCUCUGUGUUGGAGCUGCAGAACCUGCCUGCUCCCAGCAGCACGGGCACCGCUCCCAGCCCGUACCCUAUAAACCCGUUAUACUGCCCGCGUUCCUAUAGCAAAAGCAGCUCGGAGCCCGUCACACCCGGCCCGAACCCCCAGGCACUUGAGGCACCACCGGAAACAAGCGAUUAA